AAACCGAAGAAAAACAUCUCAAGUUUUCCCUCUCAGGUGUCAACUGACAGUCUGACGUCAUGUUUAUUAGAGGUAGCCCUGUCACACCUGGCCUUAACCUGUGCUCUACUCGUGGCCACUCUCGCCACAAUCCGCUGGUACAUCAGAGAUUCCUACAAGGUCGGCGGCUUCAGCCAGAAGCACGUGUUCAUCACGGGCUGUGACAGCGGCUUCGGGAAUCUGCUGGCCAGACAGCUGGAUGGAAAAGGUUUCCACGUCAUAGCCGCAUGUCUCACGGAGAAAGGUGCAGCGGGCCUGGCAGCGGCGGCCUCCCCCAGACUGAAGACCCUCCUGCUGGAUGUUACAGACGGCGCGAGCAUCAGGAGGGCGGUGGAGUUUGUGAGCAAAGAGGUCGGAGGGCGAGGCCUGUGGGGUCUGGUGAAUAACGCUGGCAGGUCCAUCCCCGUCGGUCCAGCAGUAUGGAUGCAGCUGGAGGACUUCACAAAGGUUCUGGAUGUGAAUCUGAUCGGGGUGAUUGACGUGACCCUCCAGUUCCUGCCGCUGCUGAAAAAGGCCCAGGGCAGGGUGGUAAACGUGGCCAGUAUUCUGGGCAGACUGUCUCUCACUGGUGGAGGAUACUGCCUGUCCAAAUGGGGAGUGGAAGCCUUCUCCGACUCCCUCAGGAGGGACAUGCAACGCUUUGGCAUCAAAGUGAGCAUUAUUGAACCUGGCUUCUUCAAGACAGCUGUUACCCAGUUGGAUCUCAUCGAAGCUGACCUGAGGAGGCUGUGGAGCCGCCUCCCUCAAGCUGACAAAGACUCCUAUGGACCGACAUACUUUGAAGAAUAUCUGAAAGCUCAGAAAUUCUCCAUGGGCAUCUUGUGCAGCCCAGACAUCUCUAAAGUGACCCGGUGCAUGGAGCACGCUCUGACAGCUCGCUUCCCACGCACGCGUUAUGGUGCAGGCUGGGACGCCAAGCUUUUCUGGAUUCCUCUGUCCUACUUACCUUCAUUUGUAUCAGACUUUGUCGUCAGAGUGCUUCUUCCUUCACCGACGGGUGACAGAAACUAA